AAAAAUGAAUUGGACAGUGCUUGAAAAGUGUUAGUGGUAUAGCUGAAAUGUAGGAAGCAAAAUUAUUUUUGUUGUAAUAAUCUGCAUUGUAAUCAAACGGACUGCAUGUUACCUGAUUGGUAUUUGCACUUUAACUGAAACGUAAGAAGGAUUUUUUUUGUAAAAGUAAACUACUUUCUUCUCCUGGAUACCUGAUUAAAUAUGGCUCAUUGGACGAAUUUCGAGAGAGAACAAGAGGCUGGAAUUAAAGAACUAAUUCGAUGUAUCAGUGGACUGAAAGAGGAUGAUCGGAACUUCCAAAAUGCCUUGCAGUUUGCCUGGUCCAAUUUCAGAUACCAUCGCUUUCUUGAUGUAAACAGACAUAGCAUAAACCGUGCAAUUGAAGGCAUCUAUGAGAAGUUAAUUAUUCACUCUGAUUUAAAUAAAGCAUCAAGCUGGAAGAGACUGACGGAAGAAUUUCUGAAUUUGCCACUUCCAAGUAUCAAGGAAGUUCAGACUGAAACUCAUUAUGCUGUUCUGUCACUUUUACUUUGUUUAUCUGACUCCCCGACUAACUCAGAUUAUAUUGAAAAGCCACGAGAAAAAGAUACAGAAAAAGUGGAAACCUUUGACUGGGGAAAAUACCUAAUGGAAGGUGAAGAGAUAGACCUAGGCCCCUUUCCAGACACUCCAGUAUGGUCUGAUGAAGAAGAUGAUGAGGAUGAUGAUACUCAGCAGUCCUUAAGCAGAGAAGAUUCUGGAAUUCAAGUGGACAGGACCCCACUAGAAGAGCAAGAUCAAACCAAGAAGACUGUGUCAGGGAUCACAUGGAAAGUUGGUGAACCUGAUGCCAGAGUCUGGCUGGAGCAACAUAUUGUGCCUCAGUACUGGACAGUUCGAGGCCAAAGAGUGAUGCACAGUUUGCAUCUCCACUCAAACCUAGCAGCUGUCUGGGAUCAGCACUUAUACAACACAGACCCUUUAUAUACACCAGAUGACUGCACGUAUGUUACAGAAACACAGCUUAUUCGGGAAACACUGUGGCUGCUUUCUGGAGUGAAAAAGCUCUUUAUAUUUCAGUUGAAUGAUGGGAAGGUAACAGUGAAAAAUGAGCUUAUGGUGUCUCACUUAACCCAUACUUGUUUGAGGGCAGUACUGGAACAGAUUGCAGCAUAUGGGCAGGUUGUGUUCCGACUUCAGAAGUUUAUAGAUGAAGUAACUGGCUACAGCUCAGAGACUACAUUGCAAACAGCCAUUUCUUCAACUAAAAAGCAAACUGAAACUCCAUUUCGGACAUAUCAAGCUUUCGUGUGGUCUUUGUAUAAAUACUUCAUUAGCUUCAAAAAAGAGCUGACAGACAUGGAAAAAUGCAUCAUAAAUAAAGAUGAAACCGUCACUUUGGCUAUUGUGCUUGACAGGCUAGCACCACGUCUGGCACAGCUGAAAAUGCUGCACAAAAUCUUCAGCACCGGAGUAGCAGAAGUCCCACCAGACACUCCAAAUGUUGUCAGGGCUUCCCAUCUGCUUAACACCCUCUACAAAGCUAUCCUGGAAUAUGACAGCGUUGGAGAGGCUGCUGAACAAAUGGUCUCCCUUCUUUUUUCUCUUUGGAUUGACACAGUAAGGCCUUAUUUGCAGAUAGUGGAUGAGUGGAUAGUUCAUGGCAACUUGUUUGAUCCAGCCAAAGAAUUUAUUAUUCAGAGAAACAAAGACGUUCCUGUGAGCCACCGCGACUUCUGGUAUGCUACUUACACCCUGUACAGUGUGUCAGAAAAGACAGAGAAUGACGACAAAUUCAGUGACAGUGCAAGUGCCAGCUCUGGUAGUGACCAUGCACCCUCGGGCAGGCAGCACACGAUGGUCUCCUUCCUGAAACCUGUGCUGAAACAGAUCAUUAUGGCAGGGAAGUCCAUGCAGUUGCUUAAAAACUUGGAAACCAAAGAUGGAUGCUGUCAGCAAAGCACUCCAAGAGAUGCUGAAAGAAAGAAUUUGUACACGCUGUUUCUUGAGUCUGUACAGGAUCGGUUGCGCUAUGGCGAAGAGAUGCUUGCAGGUGGUGUCACAGAAGAGCAGGCUACAAAACAGAGUCUGAUAUUGAUGCAGUCUGUUGUAGCAAAACACCUCCAGAUGGAUGACAUUCAUGACCCACUACUGGCUAUUAAUUUUGCAAGGUUGUACUUGGAACAAAAUGACUUUCAUGAGAAAUUUAGUGGUGGUGAUAUUAUUGUGGACAGAUCAUCUGAGUCGGUCACUUGUCAAACAUUUGAGCUUACUUUACGCUCAUGUCUCUACCCUCACAUUGAUAAGCAGUAUGUGGAGUGUUGUGGAAAGCUAAUGCAGACCCUGAAGAAAGAUUACAGACUGAUGGAGUAUCUACAGGCCAUGAGGAACUACUAUUUACUUGAGGCUGGAGACACCAUGUAUGACUUUUACAGUGCUAUUUUUGACAAGUGGAAAGAAAAAGAAUCCUGGCAGAAUGUGUCUUUCCUAAAUGUUCAGCUUCAAGAUGCAGCAGGGCAGCGGUACUCUGAGGACAGCGCAAGGCUGUCAAUAUUGCUAGAAAAUGUCGACACUGUGAAGAAAAAACUGCCAGUACAUAAUGUGGAUUGUCUGACUUUAUGUUAUAAGGUCCCCUGGCCUGUGGAUAUAGUUAUUAGCUCAGAGUGUCAGAAGAUUUACAAUCAAAUUUUUCUUCUUUUGCUGCAAGUAAAAUGGGCCAAGUACAGUCUGGAUGUUUUAAGAUUUGAUGAACUACAGGCUGCUGCAGAGAAAUCCCAGGAGACUGGAAAAACUUGGUCUGAUCAGACUGAUGUGUCUCAGUUUGGAAGCCAAGAGGAACCCUUAAAACAACAAAUUCAUCGAAUGUUUUUGCUGAGAGUGAAAUUAAUGCAUUUUGUCAACAGCUUGCACAACUACAUGAUGACAAGAAUUCUUCAUAGUACAGGCCUGGAGUUUCAACAUCAAGUGGAAGAUGCUAAAGAUCUGGACCAGCUGAUUAAAAUUCAUUAUAGAUACCUGGCUACAAUCCAUGACCGUUGCUUACUUCGAGAAAAGGUCAGUUUUGUACAUGAAGCAAUAAUGAAAGUGUUAAAUCUGGUGCUAAUGUUCUCGGAACGGUGGCAAGCUGGAUUGGGAGCUUGGAAGAUGGAACCCAUCAACAAAAUGGAAUCAGACUUUAAAAAUUGUCAUAUGUUUCUUGUGACUGUUCUAAACAAAGCAGUCUGCAGAGGGUCAUUUCCCCACUUGGAAGCUUUGGCACUUUCUUUGCAGGCUGGAAUGGACAAGAAUUAGCAAGCAAUUUAGCUUGCAUGUUGCAUUUUGUCAGUGCUUUUGUUCUUUGGUUCAUGUAGCAGUUUUCAGGUUAUUGCAUGGCUCCAUGUACGCUUUCAGUAAAAAUGGAAGGAGUGUAUCCAUAAUGUGAAGCUGCAUUGUGGGAAAUGCAGUAUUCUACAGCAUAUGUACUGAUUACCACUGACUGAUUGAAAUACUGUACUUUUAAAAACAAAAUUCUUUUGGAAAAAAAACAUAAUUUCGACUUAGGGUUUUACAUGUAAAUACAUUCUUUUUGUUAUAAAAUGGUGAAAGGAAAUUGUAAACUUGCAUUGUUUUAAAUGCAGGAAUGUAGCUGUCAUAAAGGAAUGGAAAAAUGUGCAGCUGUAUGCUUACCAGUAAAGGCUUCUUUUUGUAAAAAAAAUAAAAAAAAAAAACUUUAUAGUAUAUAUUGUAAAUUAUAAACUUAUUGACUGUCUAACAAAUUU